CUCCAGGCUUGUUUUCCUUUUGACUGGGUAGCCUCGGGCUCACUCCCUCACUGCCUGUUCUUCCCAACCGCUCACCAUGUGCACAGGAAAGUGUGCCCGCUUCGUAGGGCUUUCCCUCAUCUCUCUCUCCCUGGUCUGCAUCGUGGCCAAUGCCCUCCUGCUGGUGCCUAAUGGGAAGACGACCUGGACCAACCUCGACCAACUCAGCUUGCAAGUCAUGCUCCUGGCUGGCUUCAUUGGCGGGGGUCUGAUGGUACUGUGCCCGGGAAUUUCAGCCGUUCGGGCAGGGGGCAAGGGCUGUUGCGGUGCAGGCUGCUGUGGAAAUCGCUGCAGGAUGCUGAGGUCGAUCUUCUCCUCGGCGUUUGGGUUGCUUGGUGCCUUGUAUUGCCUCUCAGUAUCAGGAGCUGGGCUCCGAAUUGGACCCAAAUGCUUGAAGGACGACAAGUGGGACUACCACUUCAAAGAGACCUCAGGCUCUUACUUGCUCAACCGAACCCUGUGGAGUUUGUGCGAGGAGCCGCCUAAUGUGGUCUCUUGGAAUGUGACGCUCUUCUCACUGCUGGUGGCCGCCUCGUGCUUGGAGAUCCUGCUGUGUGGGGUGCAGGUGGUGAACGCUUCCAUUGGUGUAUUCUGUGGUGACUGCAGGAAGAAGCAGGGCGCCCCUCACUGAGGCUCCACUGACCGCCCCGCCGGCUCCUGGACAGCCACCUGGACCCCCUCCCGGACCCUGGAAUAAACUCUUUUCAGCUCUCA